GUACAGAUGAUGGAUAUGCUAAUACUAAUAAUCAUAUGCCAGCUUUUGCGUCUGAUCGGAGGAUCAUCUUCAACACUCGAACAAUUGUGUAAAGUAAAGCCACAAUUCGGGUUAUGUCAGCGUAGUGAGAAUGAGAAUCAAAACAAAGGCCCAAACAGGACAUGGACGAGAUUACGUGAUCUCUCCAAAGAUGAACAACAAUUCGUGCGCCUUGCUAGGGAAAGUGGCGAUGAUCCGGCUGUCGAUUUCUGCCUUCGUUACACAGAACGCUGUCCGAAGGAAAAAAUUCCCGAAGAGCCAGUUCCCUUCCAAACUGAGGUUAGGAGUGAUGCAAAGUAA